CAAAAUCAGGAUCAUCCCUUUUGCAGCCCUAGGGCCAUUUCUAGUUGGGAAGCCUAUGACACAGCGAAGGAUUCCAAUCAUUCCAUAAGGUAAAGUGAAGUGUCCGGAACGCCGACGACCCCUUCCCGCUUUCAACCUCGCCGGAGGAAGUUCUUGCUACGCGAAAGACUAACGAAUUCUUUCUAAUCGGUUAUUUAGUGUGUACAAACGUUUUAGUUUGUUGGUUUGAAAUGGAAGUUGUCGGUGCACCGAUCCGAGUUCAAUCUAUUGCAGAGAAGGAUCUAAAACUGGAGGUGCCGCCGCAGUAUAUACAACCGCCGGAGAACCGACCUAGCAAGCCGAGUAACGGAAACGCCACUGAUCAUAAAAUCCCUAUGAUCAACCUCGGUGGCGAUAGGGAUGUGAACCUCCUAUGUAAAGAGAUCGGGAGCGCAUGCUCAGAGUGGGGCGCCUUUCAUGUAAUUAACCACGGUGUUUCCACCACGCUGCUGGAUCAAAUAAGGAAGGUCGGAUCCUCCUUCUUUGAAGACUUUCCGAUGACGGAAAAGCUCCGGUACGCCUGUGAUUCCACUUCUCCUGCUUCUGAAGGCUACGGAAGCCGCAUGCUAGUUGCCUCCGAUGAUGCAGUCCUUGACUGGAGAGAUUACUUUGAUCAUCACACUUUCCCUCUUUCUCGACGUCAUCCUUCUCGGUGGCCGCAUUUCCCUCCAAAUUACAGGGAAGUAAUUGGGGAAUACAGUGAUAAUAUGAAAGUCCUUGCUCUAAAACUUUUGGGCUUAAUCUCCACAAGCUUAGGCUUAUCAUCUUCCUUCAUUGAAGAAUCCAUGGGAGAAGUAUACCAAAACAUCACCGUGAGUUACUACCCAUCAUGCCCACAGCCUGAGCUUACACUUGGCUUGCAAUCUCACUCCGACAUGGGAUUCAUCACCCUUCUCAUUCAAGAAAACGUUGCAGGUCUUCAAGUAUCCAAGAAUGAUGGUUGGGUAACUGUAAAUCCUGUAUCUCAUGCAAUCUUUGUGAUCUUAGGUGAUCAAACAGAGAUCAUAACAAAUGGAGUUUAUAAGAGUGCUGUGCAUAGGGCCAUAACAAAUGGUGAAAAAGCAAGGCUUUCGGUUGCUACAUUCCAUGAUCCUGCAAAAACAGUUUCAGUGUCACCAGCACCAGGAUUGCAGCCACCUCCCAAGUAUCAUGAAGUUGUAUAUGGUGAUUAUGUUCAAUCAUGGUAUACAAAAGGUCCAAAUGGUAAAAGGAACAUUGAUGCUCUCCUCAUUUGACAUAACAUCUGUUAAUCUUGAUGGUAAUUGUUGCAAUGUUUGGCAAUAUCUGGUUGAAUGUUCUUGGAUGAUGUAAGUCUUUCAUAAUCUGAUUCAAAUUUUAUCUUUCAA